UGUCUCUCUCUCUCUCUCUGUCCAGUUGUUGACUUUCUCUCUCUAGUUCUUGGUUCUUGAUUUUCCGGUGUACCGGAGAAGAGAAGACAAGACAAAGAACUUUAAAAAAAAGGAAAAGAAAAGACAAAGGAGAUCAUGGGGAGUAGUUUCUUGGGGAGACCGAACAUGGGGGGAGGUUCUUCGUCGAGUAAGAAGGGGAAGAAGAACGGUUCUUCAUCGGAGAAGCCGAAGCAGCCACAGAGAGGGCUCGGAGUUGCCCAGUUGGAGAAGAUCAGAUUACACGGCGAGAUUAGUCCCGACAGCUUCAGUAGUUACCCUUCUUUUCACCACUCCCCUUACCCUUCCUCUUUCAACCAGGAGGAUGGGAGGACGAUGAAAGGAGGAUAUUCAUCACCAUCAUCGGCUCCUUAUGGUUUCCAUCCAAGCAUGAUGAUGGGUUUAAGUGAACACGAAAGAGCAUCCAUGAGGUACUCAGACUCUCAGCCUCAUGCACCAGCAAGUUGGAACCCUAACUACGGCGAUCUAGACAGCCAACACUUUGCUCAGCCAAACAUCACUAGACACUUCCUACCUGAGGAUCCGAGCUCAAUAACACGAAGAAGUAAAUCGAUGGGAUCGAGCAGCCAAAAUUCGGGAUCGAGUGACAAACAAGAGCUAGAUUUGGAGCUGAGAUUGUCAAUUUAACUGUAAUUUGGUCUCUCAUAAAUCAGAAGCCAUGGAUUAUUAUACUUAUGGCUGUUGUUAUAUAUGCUUCAAGCAGAUUUAGCAAACGACUGGUGUUUUGACUGGGGGGUUAUCUGUGCACAUUUAAAAGAAAGGGUAAAAAAGCAAUAUAUUUGUAAAACAUGGGGCAGAAAUGUUAGAUUUGGGAAAUUGGGCUGAUCGAAGUGAAGUUGUUGUCUC